UUCCUUUCCAGCGCUUCGAUGUUGACUCGGGUCCAGGAAGCUCAGAAGUCCCGAUUUGAGCAAUUAAACUUACAUAGAGACUUCUCAGCCUUCUUCAACGGUCUUGAUCUCUGCAUCAGUGCUCCUCGGGACCGAUCUCAUCAGGGCGAGCAACAGUGGUGUCCGGGACACACUGCUGAGCCACUCUCAGGACCUCCUCGGGAUUCUCGAAAUCCACUGGCGGAUGAUAUGGCUAGAUCAAACACGGUCUCGAAGGUCCGGCGAAAUUCCCAAGGCACGUGUGGCACCUCAUCAAGGAACUCACGCUCCGCCUGUCGAUGAAACUCUUUAAUGUAUACAGUAGACGCCUUCGCGGGCUCAUCUGACCGCAAAGGUAUAUAAUCCACCGCUUGCGGGGCACGACCUUUUUUCAUUCCCACUCACUAUUCCUUCGAUCCCUUCCGACUUCGUCUCUCAUGAAGUUCGCUCCUGUCGUUUUGGCUUUGGGUCUCGCGGCGUUGGCUCUUGCAGCACCGCCUCCCACAACGACGAUUACAGAAACGUCGCCCACUGCAUCGAUCUCAUCCACUGCAUCGCAGAGCAGCAGCGCCUCGUCCGUCUCUGCCAGCGGAUCGCUCACUUCCGCCUCGCUCUCGAGCGCGUCGUCGCUGCAAUCUUCCUCGUCGAAAUCGAUCUCAGGGAGCAGCCACGUCACCAACACCCCGACGACGGUCAAAACGACUGUGAAGACGAGCACCCCGACUACAACUACUGCACAGCCUUCUACGUCCACCGUUAUUUUCACCAGCGCUAGCUCUAGUACAGCGGUGUCAACGCCCUCUUCGUCGAGCGUGAGCGCCAGCUCGUCAGUUACCCCGACGUCGCCAUCGCUUCCUCCGUCUGUGGUCACCACCGCGCCACCCGGAACCACCGUCUCCCAGAGCUCGAAACCCAACUCCGCCCGGAAAUCUGUCGUGACGGGCUUAGGUUUUGCGAUUGGUGCGGGGAUCAUGGUGGCUGCGCAGCUCAUCUGAGCCGGUUGAUGCACUCUAUUUUUUCCUUGUGGACAUUUGAUUUGUUUCUAGGUAGGUAGACAUUUGUUGUAAACCUGUUGUUAGUGCGACCGUUCAAUGUUCGAUUCCCGCAAGUCGGCCGCGAGUGGAGCUGUUUGAUUCUUGGUGAGAUCAAGCUGAUGGCAUCACGAUCGACUUGGUAUUGCCUCCCUUUGACCCCUUCGGCCGCAAUUUCGAAUUUCACUCUCACAAUGCACAUAUCGCUGUGCAUAUAUUGAGGUCAGCCUGCGGAGGACUUACAUACGGCUCCCCCCACUUGCGGUGGUAGUGCAUCCAAAGUGACAAGACAACUGGCUGGCAGAAACGUGACGCCAGCUUUGGCAGUCAUAUGGCUGGGGCACUAGAGGCGAGCAGAGCACAAAGUUGUGCGCAUAGCCCCGUAAAUUAGGCCUCCCGAGACCCAAAUCUGUGGGCCCGUUUCACGCGUAUCACACUGACUUCCUCCCAGUGAGCCAUCAGGUGGUCACUUGGAAGACACGGAGAUGGCGCUCUCUGCACUGCGCUUGAGCUCCGCUGGGAAAACUACGUAUGCCAAGCCCUACUUAUCUGGCAGAUGGAUUGAAGCCCGAAAUGCCCACUUUGAUGGACGCAAACAGGAGUGGCCGGUCGACGUGCUAGCCGUCAACUGUCGCAUCGCAUCGAACAAGGAGUAGAUAGAUAACUUGUGACGACCAAACAAGGCUACUAGCCCCUUUUCCCUCUCUCCCACUCUGUUGGCCCGGUUUUUGUCUGCAGAUCUUCACAUUCGUUCCUGCUGUUCUGUUUCUUUUUCCGCCGCGGUAAUGCCUGCAGCACCUGGCCUCGACUUUUCGGACGGCGCCAAUCCGGACGAUGUCACCUCUUCGGUACCCCGCAAGAACAAGACCGAGCGGCGGCGACUCCAGGGACUGCAGAUGUCCUUCGCGAACUUGUCCAAGACGAAAGACGCCCCGAUGCACGAUCCCAGCCGGCCUAGGACGUUGAAUGAGAAGAUUAGCCUGUGGCUGAUCAACGAAGGGCGCUCGCGCGUCUUUUUCGCAGUCUUUGUGAUCCUGCAUUUUCUGAUCGCCCUGCUGGGCCUCCUGCACUUUGGGUUGAAGGACAAUUUGACGAGCGCGCGGGCGACCUUUGGGGUGACCUUCAUUAUUGCCAGGGCCUCAGCGCUUGUGCUGCAUGUGGACGUGAUUUUUAUUCUGCUCCCGGUGUGCAGAAACCUCGUCUCGGCUCUGCGCCGCACGCCGCUGGGCGAUGUGAUUCCUUUUGACGAGAGCCUCAGUUUCCACAAGGCAACAGGAUGGGCCAUCGUCAUCGGCAGUGUCGUCCACACAGUUGCGCACGUCGUCAACCUCGUCCACCUCACCAUGGCCGACACCAACGCGCGCACGCUCGGCGCCCGCAUCGGCUUCUUCAUCUCCGCUAACUUUAUCAUCGGACCACUGAUCACUGGGUGGAUCAUGUGGGUCCUCCUUGGCGUCAUGGUGUGGUUCGCGCGCGAGAAACGGAGGACGGCCGCGAACGGGGGCUUCGAGCGAUUCUGGUACACGCACCACCUGUUCAUCCCGUUCUUUGUGCUGUGGCAGCUGCACGGGAUGUUCUGCAUGAUCAAGCCCGACCGCCCGCCGUACUGCUCAGCCAACACGAUCGGGGUCUUCUGGCGGUACUGGCUUGUCGGCGGUGUGAUCUGGAUCGCCGAGCGCAUCCUGCGGGAAGUGCGCUCCCGCCAUGUGACCUACAUCUCGAAGGUGAUCCAGCAUCCGUCGGACGUCAUCGAGCUGCAGAUCAAGAAGGAGAGGACCAAGGCUCGAGCCGGGCAGUAUAUCUAUCUCAACUGUCCUGAGAUCUCGUACUUCCAGUGGCACCCAUUCACGCUCACCAGCGCACCAGAAGAAGAUUACCUCUCAGUGCAUAUCCGCGUCGUCGGCGACUUCACACGAGCGUUGGCCCACGCCGUCGGCUGCCAGCUGGAGAAACAGGGCGGCGCAGAGAGCAAAGUCGUCAGCACGGUCGCCGAUGCGAAGAUGAACCGCGUGCUCCCGCGCGUGAUGGUCGAUGGACCGUUCGGCACCGCCUCGGAGGAGUUUAUGAAUUUUGAGACGGUGCUGCUGGUGGGCGGUGGCAUUGGCGUCACACCUUUUGCAUCGAUACUGAAGUCCAUCUGGUACCGAAUGAACAAUCUCAGUUCCGAGCGGCGCACGCGGCUUUCCAAGGUGUACUUCGUUUGGGUCAUCCGCGACUUCAGCGCCGCCGAGUGGUUCCACUCGCUCCUGCAGGCGCUCGAGGAGCAGGACUCGCAGAACCGCAUCGAGAUCAGCAUCUACCUCACCGGCGGGCUCCGGGAGGACGACAUCCACAACAUCGUCGUGCAGGACGUCGGCGCCGAUCACGACGCCGUCACCACCCUCCGCGCCCCGACACACUACGGCCGCCCAGCGUGGAGCAAGAUCUUUAGCGCGCUCGGACAGAAGCAUCAUGGCUCGGACAUCGGCGUUAUGUAUUGUGGGCCUCCCGCAUUGGCCGGAACGUUGCGGACCAUGUCGAAUGAGCACUCGGAUCCAAGAGGGGCACGGUUUUUCUUUGGAAAAGAGAACUUCUGAGGUCAGGAGAAUGCUGUACAUUAGUUAUUUGUUUGGGGUGCUACGAUCUGGCCUCAACAUAUGAAGUUAUCAGCGCGGAUUAGCCCGCGUAAAAUCAACAAAAGAAAUUGGCCAUCGUGGGGAUCGAACCCAAGACCUUCGCGUUAUUAGCACGACGCUCUAACCAGCUGAGCUAGACGGCCAGUGAACAUGAGGUUCAGGGUAUAUAUAUAAUAGAUCAAUUCAUCGGUAAACCACUUUGAAAAGACCACGUGAGUAAUAAUCCUUUACUUUAAGCAUCACUAGAAAGACCGUCCUUGAUCAGCACCUUAAUAAUGCUAUCCAGUUUCUCCUCGAUCCCUGUCAUCCGUUGCUCCAUCAAGGAGAUCUUCCUAUCCAGCUCUGCCACGCGGGGGUCCUCGUUUGCCCCGCUCUUGACUGAUGAAGGGAUAGGCUCCGGGUCGUGCACGUACACAAGCGGCUCCGACAGCAGAUGGCUGGUGCCUGAGUCCUCUGGGAAGGGCCGCUUGGCCUUGUCGCAUUCAACGCAGACGAAGAUGUCCUCGACGCAGCUGAGGCACACCCACACGGGAAGCGACACUUCCUUGGCACAGCACACACAUUUCGGCUUCUUCUUUUCUACUACGUCCUUCUUUGCUCCAUGACCGGUCUCUGUCUUCGUCUUCGCGCUCUCCGGAGCGUCCAGGUCCUUGAACUGCUUUUUGAUUCGCGCGGCGACGGUCUUAGCUUCGGGCACGAGCCACGCCGUGUCGCCAUCGUGCAGCCGGGGGAUUGUCUUGACCGAGACAUGCGAGGGUGCGUGAGUGAUGUUCUCACCCCAUUUCGCAGGCUUGUCCAUGUCCGGCUCGCAGAAGUCGGCGCAGUUAUAGAAACUGUCGUCCAUGCACUGAACACAGAACAGACGUGAGCCCAUGAUAUGCUUGUGGCACACGUUGCAGUCCCGCUCUUGCUCGACGGCUUCGCUGAGCUCCCGCUCGACGGCGUCGUUGUAGAACCGCGCGUCCGCUGACGUCAGCACCGCCUUGAGAUUCCGCAGCUCGGCCAGGUCGUCGUCCGACAGAGCCGCCCACGGCGUCAGAUCCCGAUCGUUCGCUAUGUCCCGCGUCAUCAGGUGGAUGAAACGUCGGCGCUCGGCGAAGCGCGCUUUCAGCCAGCGCCAUGACAUGUUCCUGCGUUGAACUUGGUCCAGGACGGCGCUGAUCGCAAAGUGCCAGCGGGCGACAGCGCGGUUCUCGGCAGUUGGAGAGGGCCGGAAACGAUAUGAUUCGGCGGACGUUCGGUGGAAGAUGAAUGUAUUGGUAUUCGCGUCGGAUUCAGAAUCAGAGUCUUCGUCGUUGUCGGAUCCUUGAUCUGCGUCCUUUUCCUCUUCGUCACUGUCAUCGCUGGAAUCGCUGUCCCAGUCCGACCCGGCAUCAUCCUCGACCAGAUGUCCCGCAAUCGUGUCUGAUUCUGGGUCGUAAUGGCCACUGCACGCGGCGGAAUACCCAUCCGGCCACGAAAUGGUCAGCGUCAGCUCGGUCUUGAAACCUUCGCCGGGGGUGACAGAGCCAGACACUUCUAAGAGGUCAACGAAGUUCUCGCCCGCGCCCGACAGUGUGUUGUCUGUGCCCACGGACAGGACGAGGGAGAUGGUGCCCUCAUCAGCAUGUCCGUCGUACAGGAGGUGCCCGGUCCAUCGACCGGCAAGGGCGAGAUGAUCUCCAGCUUCUGCGGGAGGGUCAGGGUGUUUGAGAUGGAAGUCGUACGCAUCGUCGACCCCAUCUGCGGUUGGAU